AUGACCUCUCCAGAUCUGGAUCUGGAUGUCGCCCCCAUCCCUCGUUCGCGAGAGGAAAACCAAGAAAGAGCGUUCAUCGCUGCCUCCAGGCGUAAAGAUCGAAGCUUAGAUGCUCGCCUGGAAUCAGCCAACCGGGCCUCGAUGCUGCACAAAAAGCGCACGGGCAAGGCCCUUCAUAUUACGAAAGAAAUCGUUGAACGCGAGGCCAUGUAUGAGGAAGUUGACGAGCGCUACCAAGAGAAGCGUAUCCGUAUGCUUCAAGCGCAGAACCUUCACAUCGAGGAGCAGCUGAACCGACAACUACUGGCGGCGCUGGCCGUGCGAAGCAACGGCAUUCAACAACGCCGUGCUGCCAACUCACCUCAAGGUCCCGUGAAUGGCGUGCGCAAGAUGAGCCUGGAUCUAUCCAGCCUCCGUUCUUCCUUCUCAGAGAGCACGCCGACAGGGGCUAUGACCAGUCCGAUGGUGAUGGAUCACAACUACAUGCCGCCCCCCUCGUAUAACGUGAGCCCACAGUCAUCCUGUAUGACGCCUGAGGCGUCGUAUCCCGAGAUGGUACCCGCCUCCUCAUCGACUCAGAUUCCACCAUAUCUCGCCAAUGCCGCUCAACAGACGCCACCAUCGCCCCAUCAGGCUGUGGGCGCUCAGCAAUUUCGUCCGUUCUGGGCAGGCUUCCAACAACAACAAUAUCCGGAGCAUCUGCAACAACAUCCUCAAUUUUGGAACGGGACCCCGACGCGGCAGUUCAGAGACCGACUGGCUUCGGCUCCUGAGAUUCCUGUGCAUAGUCUCCCGGCCGCUAUGCCAGCUUCUUUGUCGUCCUCUGACGCCACUUACGGGCGGGUGUCGAAUCACACACGAGUCCGGUCCGAGCCUGACCAGCCGUUCCUGGCUCAAACACGAUUUUCCGCAUCGGGAUCGAGCUCACCCAAGAUGGAGAUGGUCUCCACCAGGACCCUGUCCACGCCUGAUCUGUGCCCAACACCGGGGACGCCUCACUCGCCCACGUCGAUGGGCCAUGAAGCAGGGCACCUGGAGCUCGAGGCAGUGACCAAGGAGGGCGAGGUUGUCUUCUCUGCGCCCCAGGAACUCGAUCCUGACUACGAUGAGUUUAGCCGCUUUGCUUGGGGAUUGGGCAACGAUGCACCGAUCCAGGAGCGGGAGACCUUUGGGUUUGACGACUACGUUGCAUUGGAUGAAUUCACGGCGACCGCUUGA